AUCAAAUUUGAUAAUUAUCGAAUUGCUUACAAGGAUAAAACUCCAUUAGAACUUUUACGUGGAGUUUUGGUCUACAGAUCGUUAACGAUCGAUUAUUUAGUUGAUAAUGCUAUCUGGAUUAUGAAGAAAUCCAGGAGCUUACUUGGUAGAACUUUAUUCGAUAAAUUGAUGCGAGCAACAAUUUAUGGUCAGUUCGUAGCUGGCGAAAAUCGAACCGAAAUUAUGACUAAAAUUCAUAAGAUGGCUGAUUGUGGCGUCAGUCCUAUUCUAGAUUAUGCUACUGAGGAAGAUAUCACUCGCAACCAGCCAAGUGUAUACCUUAACAUAUUCAAUUCAUACCGGUUUUAUAUUUAUUUUUACUCAACAACUACAGUUAGCACUAGAGUUCCAGUUGAAACUCAAUUUCAAGCGGAUGAGCGAUUUGCCGAUCGUCGGGAAAACGUAAUUUGUGCAAGAACGUACUUCUACGAGGGCGAACGAAAGUGUGAUGAAAAUCUAGAAACAUUUAUGCGCUGCAUCGAAACUGCCAAAGGCAUGGGUAGGCGCCCACUUAUUGCUGUAAAAGUGACCGCAUUGGGAGAGCCUAGGCUGCUAUUACAGCUGUCCGCUACUCUUAAUCAGACCGAAAGUCUCUUUAACCUAAUCGCUAUUCAAGCUGAUGAUGCUAUGGAUCGCUGUAUCACGUUGGAAAGCUUUAAGAAAGCGUUAGAUAAACUACAGAUGCCGCUUACUAAUGAACAAGCCACUGAAGUGUUCAGCUGGAUUGAUAUAAAUGAAACUGGGUGUGUGCCGAUUGAUUGGGGUAGAGCUCUACAACCUCAUAUGAAGGUUACCAACUUCUUUUCCAAAUUAAAGGAUGCGACUGGUAAGCCAUUAUUCGUUCCAUUGGAAGAAGAAGAUCUAAUACAAUGGAAGAAAGUUGUACAUAGGCUUCAAGCUCUUGUUGAGUGUGCUAUCCAUAGGAAUGUUACUCUUAUGGUAGAUGCGGAACAGACUUAUUUUCAACCCGCAAUAAGUUGUUUAACAAAAGAUUUGCAAAAGGUCUACAAUAAAGAAAAAGGAUAUGUCUUUAAUACAUAUCAAUGCUAUUUAAAGAACACGCCCUGCGCACUAGCAACUGACUUGGCAGAAGCUAAAAGAGAGAAUUACAUAUUUGGAGUUAAGCUAGUUAGGGGAGCUUACAUGGAUCAAGAAAGAUUGCGUGCAGAAACUUUAGGUUAUGAGGAUCCAGUCCAACCUAACAUAGAAUCAACGACACAAUGUUAUAAUAAAAUGUUAACCAUGAUUAUGAAUAACAUAAAAAACUCGGAAAUAAUUGUCGCUUCUCACAAUGAGGGAACGGUUAAAUUUGCUAUCGAAAAGAUGAAAGAACUUGACAUACGAAAAGAUGAGAAUAAGGUACUGUUUGGUCAACUAUACGGAAUGUGCGAUCGAAUUACGUAUGCGUUAGGAGCUGCUGGUUAUUGUGCGUAUAAGCUUGUUCCGUACGGUCCAGUUGACGAGGUAUUACCGUAUUUAACUCGUAGAGCUUUAGAAAACAGAGGAUUUGUUUCGGGAGCUACGCGAGAACGAGAACUGAUGUGGAAGGAAUUUAAGCACCGUUAUUUUUCU